CAAUUUUCCCCCCAAACUCCCAACCGGAACUAUAAAUACAAAACUGGAAAUUUUCGAUUCCUAUUCAUCUUCCAGGGUUCAAUUAAACUCGAAAAUGGCAGCAUCGAGCAGUCUCCUAUUGGCAGUUUUGAUGCUAAUCAUCUGUCACAUGUCAGUUCCUAUGCAGGGGAGUGGCAAUGAAAUCCCAACUAAGGACUCCCUGGGCAAUGCCACUUCUUCAGAUGUCACGAACAUCGUGGAUACCAGCAAGAAUACUAAUGUCGGGUAUUACCGAGGUGGUGGUGGAGGCGGAGGCGGAGGAGGAGGAGGAGGAGGAGCAGGUGGUAGCGGUGGUGGAGGUGGAGGUGGAGGUGGAGGCGGAGGCUACUCAUGGGGAUGGGGUGGUGGAGGUGGUGGUGGUGGUGGUGGUGGAGGAGGAGGAGGAGGAGGUGGUGGCGGCGCGGGUGGGGGCAACGGAUGGGGAUGGGGAGGUGGAGGAGGGGGAGGUGGGUGGUGGAAGUGGGCAUGCGGCAGGCAGCCAAAAUCCAGCUCGGAGAGGGCUAGUCGUGAUCGUGAGAGGAGGAGGUGGAGGGAUAACAAAGGGAAUGAGUACGCAAUGGGAGAGUAUGCGCAGUGCAUGGCGAAGAAUCGGUGCAGAGGCAUGAGACUGAACUGCCCGCUUCACUGCGGCGGCCCUUGCUUCUACGACUGCGUUCACAUGUGCAAGGCUCACUGUCUUCAUCGUCCUCCUCCCAGACCCCGGAAUUGACAUGGACCGCCACCCUGAAAACGAUUCAAAUGGAAAUCAUUGAGUCGGGAUCAUAUGAUUCAUUCUUUUACUGUGAUUGUUUUUCCAGCACUUGCUGACCAGUAUGUGUCUUGGAUUUCUAGUUUUGAGUCAUUCAACCCAAAAUUUCUUGUCACAAUAGGAUCGAUACAUUAUGGAUAUCAGUUUUGUGAUCACUGCUAAUUCUAUGUGUUGCUGAUUGAGUGUUCCGGUCUCCUGAAUCGUCUGAUCAACUUUCACUGAGCACUGGCGCCUCCCUUCGACAUAUAGUCAACAAUUAUAUUUCAAUAGGUGUCUGGUAUUGUGUGUCAGUAAUUUUUCCUUU